GACAUGUAAAGGAGCAUCCUCGAAACUUUAGGGGCAACACAACAACUUACAAUACCAAACUGGACUACAAGAGAGUCUGUGUUGUGUGAGGGCAAAAAGGGAUGGGAAGAGGAUGGUCGUUUUACAGGGAUUUGCUUCCAAUUGUGGUGAUUAUAGGCAAUGAAUGCAAUGACAUGGGCUUACUCACACUGUUCAAAGCAGCCACACUGCAAGGGAUGAAUAAUCAUGUCUUUGUUGCCUAUGCUUAUGCUGUUGCUACCACUAUACUCAUUCCUGUGACUUAUUUCAGCAGAAGAUCAAGAGUGGUUCCUCCACUUAGUUUCUCCAUAAUAUCCAAAAUUGUUCUUCUUGGGGUGAUAGGAAGUUCUUCUCAGGUGCUCGGGUAUGCUGCCGUUAGUUACAGUUCUCCAACACUUGCUUCAUCUAUUGGCAAUCUGGUGCCUGCUUUCACCUUCAUCCUUGCUGUAAUUUGCAGGAUGGAAAAGUUGUCUGCCAAAAGUAGAAGUAGUCAAGCUAAGGUAAUGGGAAGCAUAAUAUCAAUAGCAGGUGCAUUUGUAUUGACUUUCUACAAAGGCCCAUCUAUCAUCAAUGCUCACACACAUCUUUCCUUACUACAACAACCAAUUAGCUUUCUUAAAUCAGAGGAUGCAAGUUGGGCCAUUGCUGGUAUUCUGCUAAUAGCUGACUACUUUCUGGCUUCAGUAUGGUACAUUUUACAGAUGGAUAUCUUGAAAGUGUUCCCAGAUGAACUAACUUUAGUCUUCUUUUACAAUGUGACCGCCACCAUAUUAUCUAUAGCUGUAGGUUUACUUACAGUGCCAAAUGCUAGUGAUUGGAAAAUAGGAGUAGAUAUUUCACUGAUCUCCAUUGUUUGCUCUGGAAUAUUUGGAAAGUUAAUGAGCAAUGUAGUUUAUGCCUGGGCCCUGCAUUUAAAGGGGCCUGUCUAUGUAACAUCAUUCAAGCCACUCCAAAUUGUUAUAGCUGUUGCAAUGGGUGUAAUGUUCCUUGAUGACACUCUUUACAUUGGAAGUAUAGUUGGAGCCAUAAUAAUAUCACUUGGUCUUUAUGCUGUACUGUGGGGCAAAUCAGCAGAAGGGAUAGAUGAAGAUGUUGGUAGCCUUGAAUCACCAACUACUGAAAAUGUUCCUCUCUUGCAAAGCUACAACAGAACUGAAACUAACUGAAAAGAAUGUUUAAAAGACAAUUACAAAACAAACUCUUCCCCACUCUUAACAUCAUAGAAAACUGUAAAGAACCCAUUUUCCUGUCAUAGAACAGCAUGGUACACACGGCUGUAAGGAUCAAAACUGUGGUUGGUUUCAUUGUCCCUCGAGUGAUCCUGUGGCGGUGAGUGGUGACUGCCCAAGUUGUUGCCCCUCUAAAGUGAAUGCAUGACUUAAAGCAUAUGUGGCAAUGAAGGAGAUUGCAUUCAAUUAAUAAGUGUUCUUUCUUAUGUCCUUUUACCUUUUCAUUAAGCAAGGUUGGUGAUACAUAGUGCUGCUGUUACUUUCUUAUUUGAAGAUACACAAUUAUAGA